AUGGAGUUCGAGCUGGAAAGUGCCAACUACCCCGGCGACUACGAGGACGGCACGGAUUGCGUGUACACGGUUCGACGCGCUCAUGGCAACAUAUGCCAGAUGGAGAUCACCUUCCUGGACUUCCAGCUGCAGCCUUCGGAUUCAUGCCAGGGUGACUACUUGGCCAUCGACGGCACGCGCGUCUGCGGAACCGUAGUGCCCGGGGCCGUCCGCUUGAUGGACUUCCUGGAGCCGCAGAAGGUUAUGCGCUUCCACACGGACGACUCGCAGAGCGACCGUGGUUUUCACAUCGCCGUCCGGCAGGACGAGUGCGACGAGCCAGCCUCAACACCCGGAGGAGGUGGAGUUCCCGCGGGCGAUGAAGAGAGAGAAUGCGACGAGACCAUCCACAAGCCCGAAGCCAUGCUGCUCAGUGCCAACUACCCGGCGAACUACGGCAACAACCUCGACUGCAGGUACACGGUGCAUCAGAUGAGCUCCUCAGUGUGCCACCUCGAGAUGAACUUCGAGUGCUUCGACGUGGAGUCCAGCACCGACUGCGAGUACGACUACUUGAACGUCGACGGACAGCGCCUAUGCGGGAUCUUCUCCCGCAACACAUCCGGCAUGUACGACUUCGAGGAGAACGAGAAGCAGCUCCACUUCCACUCGGAUGCGGCCAACUCCCGAGCAGCUUUCUGCAUUCGGCUGCGCCAGGUCGAGUGUGUGGACGAAGACGAUGCGGAGUCGCCGCGGUCGCCACCCUUCAGGCCCCUGCAGGGGGGCUUCACUACCUCGACCCUGGGUGUCGGAGGUGAUGGCGUCCACCGGGAGCACCACAAGUGCGACAAGAUCCUCACGAACCGACUGUUCGACGUGCGCAGCCCAAACUACCCGGGAGGAUACCCGCCCAAUCUGGACUGCAAGUACAUCGUCUUUCAGGACCUCCACGCAGAAAGUGGCCUUGACCUCCCGACAAAGGUAGAGAUUCGUGAGAAAGCUCCGGCCCUGGGAGUGCCGUGCAUGUACGAGUUCUCUGACCAGAGUGGCGUAUUCUACAGCCACGGAUUUCCGGGUCCUUACCCCAACCAGAUGUCCUACACUUAUCGCGUCAUUUCCGUGGCUCCCGACAUAUGCAGGGUGGAGCUGUCUUUCAUCCAGUUCAACUUGCUCUCGAACAACCGGCCAGACGGCCAGUGUGGUGCCGACUUCAUGGAGAUCAACGGCGUCCGCUACUGCAACCGUCAGCUGGAGGGACAGAUACGCAUCUUGGACUUCAAGGGUCCCCGCCGUAGCGUGACAAUGCAUUUCAUAUCCAAUGACCUCGAUGCCGGGAAAGGAUUCCUCGGCUUCUACAAGCAACUCGGCUGCCCGACGGGAGAAGGAGGCGACGGCCGACCCCCGACGUCCCUGGGAGGAGGACCACCCGAGUUGUACCAUCCGAAGCCGUAUCCGCAUCCGUCGGAUUCUUUGGGCAUCGCCACCAAGCAACAGCAGCAUCAUCACCAGCAGGCCAGCUGCGACCGGCUGUACGCGCUCGAGGAAUUCGAGCUGGAGAGCCCCGGCUACCCGGGCCCUUACCGGCCGGGACUCGGCUGCCGGUACUUCAUCCGGCGACACAGCGACGCCGUGUGUGCGCUGCUAGUCACAUUCGACGCCUUCAACCUGGAGUACAGCGCCGGCUGCCACCACGACUACCGGGAGCUGGCCGGCCACAAGAUAUGCGGACAGGUGCCCGCCGGAAAGACCAGGACGUUCGCGCUGAUGGAAAUCGUCUGA